UUCUCCUCUUUUCACUUCUAUAUAAAUCAAAAUACCGAAAUCCUUCUCCGUCCUUAAAAAAUCUCGUUUUUCCUCCUGCGAAUUAGAAACUCGGAGUGCAAUGGAAAACAAAGAAACGGAUGCUGCCGAAAGUUCCUCCAUGAUUGUGCAGGAUAUGGAUCAGCUGCAAAAGAUCUUCAACCAGUUCGAUGCCAACAAGGACGGAAAGAUCUCGAUCACGGAACUCGGCGACGUGCUCCAGGCGAUGGGAACCAGAUACUCUCAGGAGGAGCUGCAGCGCGUCAUGGGGGACAUCGACACCGAUUGCGACGGCUUCAUCAAUCUCUCGGAGUUCGCGGCUCUCUGCCGCUCAUCAUUCGACGAUGCCACAGCUACUAUCGAGCUGCGCGACGCUUUUGAUUUGUAUGAUCAGGACAAGAACGGCCUGAUUUCGAGCUCCGAGCUGCACCUGGUAUUGAACCGGUUGGGGAUGAAGUGCUCGGAGGAAGAUUGUGCUCGGAUGAUCUGCUCCGUUGACUCUGAUGGCGACGGGAACGUCAAUUUUGAGGAAUUCCGGAAAAUGAUGAACGCGAACAGUGGAUCUGCAAAGUAAAUCUGAAAUUUAUAUGAUUUCUCUGUAGUUUUCACCUUCCCCUGAGAAUUGAAUCUUGUUUGAUCGAACUCCUUUCAUUUAUAUAAACUCAAAAUUUUAUA